AAACUCCUUUUUUUUUACAGAGAUGGACAAUACAAAAUUUAUAAUGAAGAGGGUCAAUUAACGUAUAAUCCGAUGGAGGUUCUUAUAUCAAUUAUCGGCGAUCCUAAUAUUGUUCUUGAAACUUUAACAGACCAUUCCUCUUAUAUGAAAAACAAACCGUUGAAAAAAAAACAAAUAGUUAAUCUUUGCAGGAAAUAUAUCCGUACAUUCUAG